GUGGAAUGUGGACAUUUUGCUUGCUCAGUUGACAGUUCAGUUUCUCGGUUCUCCCAUUUGUAUUUUCGCAUUAUUCGGUAUUCUUGUCUACUAAUAUUUAAAGUUCCCUGUGCAUGUAAUUAUUUGCACAGUAAAAAUAUUUUUGUUUGUGUUCAAAGUUAACAAUAACUAAAAAUGUGGCACGAAGCACGACGUCAGGAAAAAAUGAUCCGGGGAAUGAUUGUUGAUUACCGUCGCAGAGCUGAGCGUCGCAAGGACUUUUAUGAAAAAAUUAAGGCGGAUCCUACCCAGUUCCUUCAAAUUCAUGGAAGACCAUGUAAAGUUAUUUUAGACCCAGCAGUGGCAGCUGCCGGAGAAGGGCCAGCCAUUAUGAUGCCUUGGCAAGGAGAUCCAAACAACAUGAUAGACAGAUUUGAUGUAAGGGCCCAUCUUGAUUACAUUGCUGAAACAAAGGCUCCUAAUAUCCCACCAGAAAAUCUAUGUCCUGAAGAGCGGCAGUGUAAUUACGAGAGAUACAGAAUUCUAGCUCAAAAUGUUUUCUUAGGAAUAAGUGAAGACAAGUUCCUUGAGCAACUGGCUAUAGAAGAACAAUUUGGAGUCACAUUAGAAGAGAAAGAGAUGCAGAAAGGAAAAUUGAAUGAGAAGAAAGGGACAGGGGUAGCGAUUGGUUACAAUUAUAAUGAUCCAGGCGCCCAACCAUCUUGUUCCAAUGGCCCUGAUGCUAUGAAACUGGAAGAGGAUUCUGAUGAUGAGUCAGAAUUUGAAAUUAUUGAUGUGGACUUGAGUAUUGACGUGAACAAAAUGGAAGCUUCUCAAGCUCAUGCGCUGAAUGCAGUGGGGCCACAGUUUGGUAUGGCGGGGUGUGAUCUGUUCUCUUUCCUGACGGGAGAUGCGGAUGAUGCUGAGCAUCAGAAACAAAUGUUAAGAGAGGAGAAGGAAAAGGCCUUGUUCUCUGGAAGAAAGAGCAGAAGAGAACGACGCGCCCAUCGUGAUAAAAGACUACCGACACUGCCAACCAGUCCGCCCAGUUAUGCGGCCAAGCCGGAAGCUCGCGACUGCUCGGACCAUUCGCCGACACAUUCACACUCGAAGUCUCCAUCACCGGAACCAGAAAACAUUGAGUUUAUUACGUCUUUCGGACCUGAGGAUGAAGAGAAACGGGUUGCAGAAUCAAAACCUUCGUAUUCAGAAAAGUUGAAAAGAAAUUUGAGGAAGUCAUACGCUGAAAUUGCUCAGAAACCAUAUCCUAGGCCAAGAUCGCAGGACAGCAGGGAAGCACCACAAAUAGGACCUAGGCGUCGCGAGUCGAGGUCAAGGUCACGUUCUAAGUCCAUAUCGAGGUCGCGCUCUUCGAGAUCCAAGUCGUAUUCGCGUUCGCGGUCGAGGUCGUCGCGUUCACGAUCAAGGUCGCCAUAUCGCUCACGGUCCAGGUCGAGGUCCCGGAACUAUAGGAGAAGAUCGCGCAGCAGUUCCAAUGCUGGUGGAUAUUCAAGACGUAACAGAUCCAGGUCUCAGUCAUACGAAAGUAAGCCCAAGAGCAGUGAGAAGGCAGUGCCGCGGUACUACGGUCGGCGCAAGGAAGACAAAUCGUCCAGUGACGUGUCACUGGAUUCUGACGAGAGCGACUCUGAGAAGUUUGUAUCUGCGGUCAGCAAUAAAUCAAAAUCAAACCAGAAUCAUUUACGAUUUACUGGAUCCAGCUCCAAAGGACUGUCGCGUGAACCGAUAUCUAUGAAGGAACGUCUUAGGAGAAAAAUGCAGGCACAACUAUCAAAACAAUUGAAAGCUGACAAGCGCGCGGAAGCAGAGCGUCAAGAGAGAGAGAGCCGCAGGCAGGCGCGCAGAGACGAGGAGAUGAGGGAACUGGCGAUCAAGCUGAGAAGGAAACAGCGAGAGAUGAGACACCAACAGAGACUAUCAAGUGAUGAAGACUCUGAUAAAAGUCGCAGCGGAUCUUCUGAAAGAAACGCCUCACCUAGACCGGAGAAACGUUGCGAAGAGCGAAGCAGAUCCAGAAGUCGUACGCCGGAACGUCGAAUAGUGCAAGUUUGGGAAACGGAUGAGUCGUCCCCGUACAGGCAGAAGUACCAGGAGAUCGACCCCGCAAUGCAUAAGAGACGGUUUCAGGACAACGAUGAUCAUUCUAAAGACGAUCAAAAGUAUAGGAGGGAACAGAACAGACCCGAGUGGCGAGAUCGCCGCGGUAACUUGGAUGGUCCUUCGAGACGGACGGACGAGGACACAGAGGACAGCAGAAAGAUUAAAUUAGUCGAUUAUUAGA